UACGUGAAAUUCUGGAGGAUCGGCGGGGACAUAAAGACGUGCUGUUAAACGAACUAGGUUCUAUAACAUGUAAAACGGGAACAGGAGAGGAAUUUUCUAAAAGCAACUCAUGUAAACACCUUAAUCACAAUAUUGUUUUACUCAGAGUAAGGUCAAUAAUUAGAUUACUGCUGUCCAUGUAAACGUAGUCAUUGAUUAUUUUCCUCAGGAAAUAAAUAUUCGUCUGAGACAUAACACGGUUUUUUUUUUUUUAGUUUUUUUUUUUAACGUUUUGUACAAACUCGGGUUUUGAUCUUCAAUUCUAACUAUGCUAAUCCUUUUCCCAUCCCCCACAUAACCGGAAGUCGCGGCUUUCUGUUCGCGCGCCCCCUCCAGGCGCGAGGCUGCAUUCGUGUCGCAGUUAGACUUUUUUCCGCCUUGUGGUCUAAGCCGCGCGGCCAUUAUUCUCCCCCACACACGACUUCUCCUCAAACAUGGCCGAUUACGGGAGCGUGGCGCCGCCGUCCUCAAACUCCGGCGGAGGAAUGAACGACGCUUUUAAAGACGCGCUGCAGCGGGCGAGACAGAUAGCAGCUAAAAUCGGAGGCGAUGGCGUGAAUCCACCUCCUGCCGCCAACGAGUUUGCGUAUGGAGGGCAGAAAAGGCCUUUGGAAGACGGCGAUCAGCCAGAAACAAAGAAAGUCGCAAGUGAUCCUUUUGCUGCAAUGGGUGGAAUGGCAGGUCUUCCAAGGCCUACAUCAGAGGAGUUCAAGGUUCCAGACGGCAUGGUCGGCUUCAUUAUCGGAAGAGGAGGAGAGCAGAUUUCAAGGAUACAGCAGGAAUCGGGAUGCAAGAUACAGAUUGCUCCAGACAGCGGCGGCAUGCCUGAUCGCUGUGUGACGUUAACGGGCUCUCCAGAUUCCAUCCUGACCGCAAAGAGGUUGCUGACGGAGAUUGUGGAAAAGGGCAGGCCGACUCCGUUUCACCACAGUGAUGGGCCUGGGAUGUCCGUGCAGGAAAUUAUGAUCCCGGCUUCCAAAGCAGGCCUCGUCAUCGGAAAGGGAGGAGAGACGAUCAAACAGUUACAGCACAAAAUUCUGAGUUCUGAAUUGCAGGAGCGAGCCGGAGUCAAGAUGGUAAUGAUUCAGGACGGGCCUCAGAACACCGGGGCAGACAAACCGCUCAGGAUUUCUGGGGAUCCUUUUAAAGUUCAGCAAGCUAAAGACAUGGUGAUGGACCUGAUCAGAGACCAGGGUUUCAGAGAGCAGAGAAGCGAAUACGGAUCCCGGAUGGGUGGCAGCGUAGGAGAAGGUUUGGAUGUUCCCGUGCCGCGCUUCGCAGUGGGGAUCGUGAUCGGCAGGAACGGCGAAAUGAUCAAGAAGAUCCAGAACGACACGGGUGUUAAGAUUCAGUUCAAACCAGAUGACGGCACCACACCGGACAGGAUCGCUCAGAUCAUGGGUCCCCCUGAUCGGGCGCAGCAUGCAGCCAGUAUCAUUACAGACCUGUUGCGCAGCGUGCAGGCCGGCGGCCCGCCAGGCCCCGGGGGCAGGGGCAGAGGUCGCGGCCACGGUAACUGGAAUAUGGGGCCACCAGGGGGCCUGCAGGAGUUCUCCUUCACCGUUCCCACCGUUAAGACCGGUCUCAUUAUUGGCAAAGGAGGUGAGACGAUUAAAAGCAUAAGCCAGCAGUCCGGCGCAAGGAUAGAGCUGCAGAGGAACCCUCCUCCCAACGCCGACCCCAAUAUAAAGAUGUUCACUGUGCGUGGGAACCCACAGCAGAUUGACUACGCCAGACAGCUUGUCGAAGAGAAGAUCGGGGGUCCCGUCAGCCCCAUGGGUGGACCUCACGGACCACCGGGGCCGCAUGGAGGCCCCGCACCGCAUGGUCCCCCAGGCCCGCCUGGACCUCCUGCGCCUAUGGGACCUUACAAUCCCGGGCCUUACAACCAGGGGCCUUCUGGACCACAUGGUCCUCCAGGGCCGUACCAGCCUCAGGGCUGGGGUAACGGUUACCCUCACUGGCAGCAGCAGGGCCAGCCUGAUCCCAACAAAGCAGCAGCGGAUGCUAACGCAGCAGCGUGGGCUGCCUAUUACGCUCAGUACCAGCAGCAGCCCCAGCCCCAGGCACCCAUGACGCCCACCGCCGCCGCCCCUGGAACCGCUCCAUCCAACGGUCAAGGUGACCCGCAGGCUCCAGGUCAGAGCGGACAGGCAGAUUACACCAAGGCCUGGGAAGAAUAUUACAAGAAAAUGGGUCAACCAGGCCAGCAGCCACAGGACUACACCAAAGCGUGGGAGGAGUACUAUAAGAAACAAGGUCAGGCAGCUCCUCAGGCGGCCGGGGCGAGCUCCUCUCAGCCCGGAGGCCAGCCGGACUACAGCGCCGCGUGGGCUGAGUAUUACCGCCAACAAGCGGCCUACUACGGCCAGGGCGCCUCUCAGCCCAUGGGAGCAGCACCACCGGCCCAGCAGGUACACUCCUAAUAACAUCUAUACCCCCGUCGUAUAAAGUGAUUUGUGGUCUCUCUGUGUGAGUGUGUGUUUGUGCUUCCCCUCUCCCCCUGUCUCUCUUUCUAACGUUUUUGCUCCACAGCUUCAUCAGGCAUCCAGGUGCACAACCCAGCGACACGAGACUUAACCAAGCUCUUCUUUCUCCCCCUCUCCUCCUCCACAGGCGUCUUUAUCUCUGUAAUUAGGUUAUGGGGUGGGGCGGGGUAGCAAGUCACUGUUUCUGCUCUUAACAUGUUGUGUAUUUCUUUAUGUAUUUCUUCUGCACAGGGCCAGUAAUGUGAAGCGGACAUAAAGUAAAUGCUACCUUGUCGAAAAAUGCUACCUUUGUUAAAUGUUUGGAUGCAGACGCCUCUUGACGAAGAUCGUAGUUUCCUUGGUUUUUGCGUUUAAACUAGAUUGCAAAGAGAGGAAAAAAAUGGCUCCGGAUUGAGAAUUCUCCUCCUGUUUUUUUUUUUUUUUUUUGCUCAUUUGUUUUUGUAAUAUUUUUUUUUCCUCUUGUAUAAAAUGAACUGUUUUUAGUGCGGUUAAAAUAUUGGUCAUUCCAGCUCCUGUAUCUCAUUAUGUAGUUCAGAACUCAUGUCUAUACAAGUGCUCUAGUGCUCUCUCUCUCUCUCUCUCUCUCUCUCUCUCUCUCUCUCUCUCUCUCUCUCUCUAAAUUUAGUAUUAUUUUUUUUGUUUUCUUCAUGUAAAUGCUCAGUUUUAAAAAUGCCUGUUGUGUUUUGCAAUAAAACAUAAUGAAACCUCCUGUGUUGGUAAGUGGGCCGGUAAAAAAAGAAAGAAAAAGUGGGGAAGGUUGACCUUGAUUUGUAUGUGUAUAUACUGUUGGGUGUUUUUUUUUUUUUUAUGUUUUUGUUCAUCAAGGGAUGGGACGGGUGGGUGAAACAGGGAUACAAUCCACAGACUCAGUCUCUCUCUCUCUCUCUCUCUCUCUCUCUCUCUCCCUCCCUCUCUCUGUCUAAAGUGACGUUUUUUUGUUUCUCUCCAACUGUCUAUACAGCUUUAUUAUUAUUAUUUCCUGGUGUUUUUAGCUACGACAUGAAAGGAACUAGUUUGGUUUAUUGGCAUUUAGUAGGAGUGGCGUAGGCAGGUGUAUCUGAGGGAAAGGUGGUGCGAGGAUGUAUGUGACCCAUGCUAUGACGUCUUGUUACUCAUAUAACGUGAGAAACUUUCCCCCUCACAGGCCAGUUUAGGACAGCGGUAAGCAAAUAUGUCAUAAAAGAUAAUAUGAUAUCACUGCAAGCUGCUUUUUUUUGGUUUUGUUUCUCUCUCCCCCCCCCCUCCCAGGCCAGGUGAGGUGUUUUUUGUAUUGCAUUAUUAAAUGUAUUUAUACAGUUGUGCCCCUUUUACCGAUUCUUAAAUGCAUAUUUUUCUGGCAAAUGUCUCACUACUUAAAACGCAAAAAUGUGGCCUUCUUUUAUUUUUUUUAAAUGCCCACCCUGUUUGGCGUAGUCAUGUAGGUGUGUGUUUUUAGGGCUGAGGAGGCUAUGCUGUUACCACACCAGUGAAAUGAGCCCUCCGUAAGUACAAAAAAAAACCCAAUACAGACAGCCCCAGUUUCUUCUGUCAAUGCAUUGUCUUUGACCAAGUGUAGUGCAUAAAGUUGAACUGUACCCUGAAUUUGUGAAAGAAAAAAAAAUUACUUUUUGACUGUGUUUUGGGGUAAGUAUGUCUGGGCUACAGUUUAAUGAUUGAUUGACGUAUGAAAAUGCCGAAGUCUCUCUUGAGCCUGUGACAUUACCCUAGACUGUUAAGUUCUGUCAAGCAACAUUUCAACUGUAUUAAUCCUUAAAUUAUGCGCUUAUCCAUAUCUGUGCAAGUUUGACAUUGUGUAGUCAGGGCAGCACAUGGCGUUAAAACUACUACUACUUUUGCAUUAGAAAUCAGGGGUGAACAAAUCAUAAAUCUGUUCUUGUUUCUAAUCUAGCCCCCACAGAUGAAGCAUAAAACCUCCAGUUUCCAGAAACCGAGUUUGUUCUGGUUUAAUUGACAUGCGUAUAAAGUAAAACGGCGUUCGCCUCGGACGAUGCGCAUAGAAUUUGGGAAUGCCAUACCAUUUCGAAAUACAAACAUUUUGUGAAAGUCGGUAAAGGAGUAGGGAUGUGUUUCCGUUCUCCGGUUGUGGUUGAACAGACAAAAUACGCUUACAUCCCAAAUUCGCUUGUCCUGGGAGCCCGGGCUACUGAUUUGUCCAUCCCUGACGAUACGAAAUGUUCAUCUCGUUUCUUCACAGUGCCAUUUGUAUGAGUAUUAAUCGUUGUGCAAGUUGUUUAAUAUUAAUAUUAUUUUUAUUGUUUUGCAUUCUGUUUGACCAAGUUAAUGAACCACUUAACAAUUCAGGCAUAAGGCUGUUCGCAUUUCCAAAAUAUGUGGUGUUCGGAUGUUGGCAGACUUCUGUUACCAUUUUCCAGGCUGUCCUAGUUCUUUGCGUGUGACUCAGAUUUCUUUGCGAGUUUUUUUUCUCUCUCGGAAAUAUAUUGAAUAACCCAAUGUUGAUUGGCGGCACGAUGCGCAGCGUCGUCCCCGCACCUUAGGUUCUGCUGCGAUAACACAGGUAAGCUUAACCUAAGACACAAAACUGUUUGAACUCUGACUCAAGUCUUGAUGUGAAUCCGAAAUUUUUUGCUGCAUUUUCGUUAAGGAAUUUCUCUGAAUGUUGAACAAGGCCCAAUGUUGUAUUAAUUGCUUUGUUAUUGGCAAUGUGAUAUAUAUUUUUCUUCCUCCCAAAUAGCCUACACAUAAAUAUAUAAAUAUGCAGAAUACUUUAAGGAUUUCUGUACAUGAUUGAUUGAAAUGCUGUUUCCUAUAUAUUUAUAUAUAUAUAUAUAUAUAUCAAUGCAUAUCCAUACUGAUAGUGUGCUAGUCAUUGUUUUAGAGCAAAUCGAUGGCACUGUAGACUGUAUUCCCUGUCUUUACCAAUGCUGCAUGCAGUUGGAUAUAUAUUUUUUAAGAAAAAAAACCCCCAUUUUUUAAAAAACCAAAAAGAUCUGUUAUGGCAAUUCUAACUACUCCACUUUCUGAAAGUGUACUCGUGUUAUGUAUGCUGACAUGGUUGAAACCCCUGUGCUGUUGUGGCGCUAAUACAAAUUGCUGCCUUCAUUCUCGCUCACAGUGUUGAAGACGCUGCAGGCGUAGUUCGUAGAAUCAGGUCCUCAGCUAGGGUUUGUCCCUAAGGAGGAGUCCUUUGACUGUGUCCCUCUGCUGAACAUAGACCGUUCAAGGGCUCCAGUUAUAAGGUAAAGCAAAAAGAAAUAAAAUUAAAAUUAAUACCAUGAGGAAAUCUGUGAUUUUUGAAAUGUGACGUUUAGGGCAAAUGUUGAUGCUUAUGUCGAUGCUAGCGUUUUCACAUUGCUGAAAUGGCUUAUGAACUGUUCCAUGAUGAUGAUAUCGUGCACACUUUUGCUGAUUUUUGGAGAGGGAUUGUAAAAUGUGCAUCAAAUGCCAGAUUAGAUGGAUCAUAAACCAGGAACCUUUUUUAUUUUAUUAUUAUUAUUAUUAUUUUUGCAUAGCACACUUGCUUGCUCUAGGCAGUUCAUUGGAGAGUGUUAUGUUGUUGUUGUUGUUCGUUGCUGCAUAUGUUGUGGUAUGCAUGCAGUAUGCUAUGUCCUUCUGAGCAAACUGUCCACAACAGAAUUCGUUGCGGGGUGUAGAAAAGAAGACAUAAUCGGAGGCUAUCUGAGAAAUGGGGAGCGUGGCCGGGAGGUAAAACACAAACGGUGUCAUGUCAUAUACCGUUGAAAAUAUGGAAUGUAUAUCCUUUCACGUUUAGGGCUUUGUUGUAGUGUUGUUUUUUUGUUUGUUUGUUUGUUUUUUUGCAGAGAAUUGUUGGUUUUGACUGUUUGGCAUUGUUGACCUGUCGUUCAAUAAAAUUGUAAUGAUUGAAAGGCU